AUGGCCGAUCAGGGGCCGGGGAGCAUCUCGUCGUGCACAGGGCACAAACCCUGCUGCAGCGGGUGGGGAGUGUGCGCCCACACGUAUUCGAUUACAGCGGCGAUAUUAAAAAUAAAAAACGCACUAGUCUGCCACGUUAAACGUAGUGCUUUGAGGGUUUUCUCGGUAUGUGUAUUGCUGCUGCUAUUUGCUGUUAACAGCUACUAUUCUCCUUUUCCGAGAGGAAAAGCCCUGGUGCCGACGCUGCUGCCAGAAGAAAAGGUGCCUGUGGAAGCUCCCGCAGCCGAGUCGGAUCAUGCCGGGGACCUCUAUCCUUUCAAGGAGUUCCACGUCUGCAACUUUCACAACAAGAGCCACGGAUGCACCGAAGAUGCGUGUACAAACAUGCACAGCAUCCCACGUCGUUCUACGAAGGUGUUUGCCAAAGCCGCAAUGGCACCAGGAAGCGCCGAUUCCCGGCUGUCCCGGCCGGUUUUGCUAGAGAGAGAGGCAGCGCCCCUUCAGUUCCGUGUAACCGAAAUUGGACAGGGAGAGCUCGGAGCCCCUCCCGUCCUCUUCAGACGGAGGGCUGGCAAGUAUGAGUGCGGAGCCCCGGGGAUGAGGGUAAACAGAAAGUCUGGACGUGGUGCCGUCAAAACAUGAACAAUUUAUAGUACCAGUUCUGUGUGUGGGUUUUCCUUCAUAUUUAAUAUUUCCUA